AUGUCUCUUUGCAUAAAUCGACUCACUGAAGAACGGAAACAAUGGAGAAGAGACCAUCCAUUCGGGUUCUUCGCUAAGCCAUACCGAACACCCCAGGGCGCGCUCGAUCUGAAACGGUGGGAAUGCGGAGUGCCAGGGAAAUCAAAGACUCUCUGGGACGGAGGCCUGUUCAAGCUUGAUCUCAUCUUUCCUGACGAAUAUCCAACGAAGCCUCCAAAAUGCAAAUUUGUCCCUCCGCUCUUCCAUCCGAACGUCUACCCUUCCGGAACAGUAUGCUUGUCCAUCCUAGCAGAGGACGAUGGCUGGAAACCAGCGAUUACAAUCAAACAGAUCCUGCUAGGUAUACAAGAUCUCCUAGACGACCCGAACCCUGAGUCCCCUGCGCAGGCCGAGGCAUACAACCUGUUCAAAAAGGAUCGUCCUGCCUACGAGAAGAAAGUUCGCCAGGUAGUCAAGGAACAUCCAGCAGUCUAG